CAGAUGCGCAUAUCGUCCUGGCAACCGGCAUUUUCCUCUUUUUUUCUGAAUGGGUUAUUUCCCUGUUUAAUGCGCGCAUGGGAUAUGAACUGCGGGACUGAAAAACCAACACAACGGAUAUAAUCAUCAUCAGACACGGUAUGAUUGUCAAGAUGCUGAAACUCCGAAUGCUUAAUGCUGUUGCACCAGCCUACUUCUAUACUGCCACAGUAGUCACCUGUGUUCUCCAUUUUUUCUUUUUUAUCCCCACCAUUUUCCAAACACAGAAUAUUUUAAGUCCCAUCAUGCUGUUCCACGUUACUAUUUUGCUAUUUUUUAUGCUCAAUGCCCUUGGUAAUUACUCAAUGACUGUAUGGUUCCCAGCAGAGAGUGUGAAUGAGAAUAUUAUUCCAGUCUGUUCACCAGACUGUCCAGACAGAGUGGAUGCACACUACCUCCUUAAUGGCAGGCAUUUCUGCAAAUUGUGCAAGAAAGUCAUCCUCAAACGGGAUCACCAUUGUUUCUUUACGGGAAACUGUAUAGGGAACAGGAACAUGCGCUAUUUUAUCAUGUUCAGCAUCUACACAUCCUGUACUUGCCUGUACUCUCUGGUGCUUGGGGUAGCCUAUCUCACAGUAGAGUAUGAUAUCUCCUUCGAAAACCCUUUGACCUUCCUCACACUUUUGCCCCUCUCAACAGGCUACUUUUUCCUUGGUGCCAUCUCAGGCCUUCAUUUCUUUUUGAUCAUCAUGCUUUAUGUAUGGUUAGGCAUUGGUUUGGUGAGUGCAGGUUUCUGCUGUCAACAAAUCUUACUUGUGGCUCGUGGACAAACCUGGUGCCAGCUACAGAAAGGGCAAUUAGUGGAGAGCCAAGGAACAUGGCAGUCAAAUUUGAGUGAUGUAUUUGGUUCCCGCUGGGUGCUGGGCCUCUUUCUACCAGUACAGACUGUAGAGACCACACCAGAAAACUGGCAUAGUUAUCAUGACCACAAGCAUGACUGACCAAAUUUAUUAAGUGCACAGGUAUACAAAGAUUUACUUUGGCAUCUUCUGUCCUAGGUGACUUGCGAGGUGAAAAAUAAUGCCAUCAUUUUAGAGAUUAAGUGAUUUUUUUGCAUUUUUCACUUAGAAUUAAAUUGAUGUUCAUCAGUGUUAUUUAAAGUAAAUGGUAAUUUUGGUAUUGAAUUCCUAGAAGACCAUAGCUUUAUUAGGAUUUUCCUCUUUGAUAAACUUGAAUACUUGAUUUUAUAAGCAACCAACGCAAUCAAAACCGUCAUUUAAAGCAGUACACACAUAAGAGUAUACAAAAAAAAUGUGAUGACUCUAUAACGUCAUUACAGAUUUCAAGUUUAUAUAGAUAGGCUACUGUAAUUUUCAAACAUUGUAAUAAUCAAAGAAAUCGUUUUAGACAUAUAUAUACAGGAUGUGACUAAAUGAAGGUAAGUAUCCAUAAAAUAUGAGCACCUUAUGUAUCAAUGAUCAGUGUUUACAGCUCUCAAAAUGCUAUACACACCAUUUGACCUACAGCUGUGCCUUUUUUAAAAUUAGUAAUGACAGGUGAUAAUAAUUAUAAUAGACAGAUAUGUGCAGCAUUGCAUUGAACCAGGACAGAGGCUUUUUUUUUUUU